UUUCUCCAUGUUGCUCUAUGACUUCCACCUGGCCCACGGCGGGAACUAGAACUGGUCUAGAACUCCCAACCUCCACCUGCCUCAGCCUCCCAAAGUGCUGGUAUUACAGUCGUGAGACACUGUGCCUGGCCUGCCCCUUUCCAAGACACAUGCUCAGCAUGAUGAGAGCUCAACCAUGGUGGGGAGUGGGUCUAAAUAAGGGUUCUCAUUGGUGCCUUUUUUGUUUUGUUUUUCUUUUUGUGGAGAACAGGGUCUCACUAUAUUGCCCAGGCAGGUCUCAAACUCCUGGGCUUAAGCUCUCCUCCCGCCUCUGCCUCCCUAAGAGCUGGGAUUACAGGUGUGAGCCACAGCACCCGGCCUCAUUGGUGCCUUUUAAGAGGCCUAGGUCCUCCAUUAACUCAGGCCAACCAUUAAGUGAUGCAGGCUUCUUUUCCUUCAUGUGAGAAAAUCCUGUGUCCCUCUGAUUCUUCCUGGCUUUGUCCCUGGUGGCUAUUAUGAAGCAGUACUGGAGUAUGUCUUGGACCUGGAAAACUGGACAUGUGUGCAGCUCAACAGUUUUCUCGGGGGAGUUCAGUGACCUUUUGGUGGCUACCCUCUGCUCUCACCCAUGAGUUCCUGCAGGUGGUGACUUUACCUGCAAGGUUACUUACAUAGCCCCACUCAGCUGCUUCUGAAAGUGUGAUGGAGCAGUAGUCUUCAGUGUGCGUGUGAGUGAAGAGGACCUUGUGGUAGCAGGGACCAUGCUUCAUUUGUGGCUGUGUCCGCAGCCCAGGGCCUGGUAUGCAGCAAGAUCAAUAAAUACUUGUGGAAUGCAUGACUGCUGGCUGACCGUGUCUGCCUGGUCGGAGGGCUGGGGACCCCUACGUGAGGGCAGACUACUGUGGUGCUGCUAGACUGCCAGGCUGGCUCCACCCAGCUGUGACCUCUCCACUCUCCCCACCCCCAUUUGACCUUACUCUCUUGAGGUCCUAUAAUGUAUGAUUGAGACUUUUCAGCCUUUUCUAGAACUUUGACCCUUUGGAGACAGGGCAGUUCUACAGGGGGCGGUCUAGCCCCUGGCUCUGUUCUGGGCAGCCCAAUCAGCUCUGGAUUGCUUGAGCUUCCUUGAAGAGCCAGCCGGAGGCAGUUUCUGUGCUUUGGGAGUUCCCGCAUUCUCUGCUCUAAAUCCCAGCCUGCCCUUGGGGCUGCCCGCCCCCUCCUUUGAUCCUUAGCUCCAGAGCAAGACCUGUCCAAGCAGAGGCUUGGACUACAUCUCCCGGCGUGCCUGGCAGUGUGGUGGCCUCUGUGCGCCGUCUGUACUCGUUGCUGGCGACGAUGCAGAGGGCUGUAAGUGUGGUGGCCCAUCUGGGCUUUCGCCUGCAGGCAUUCUCCCCGGACUUGUAUCGUCCACUCAGUUUCGCACAGGACGUGCUCCGCAGGACACCGCUCUAUGACUUCCACCUGGUCCACGGUGGGAAAAUGGUGGCGUUCGCGGGUUGGAGUCUGCCAGUGCAGUACCGGGACAGUCACACUGACUCGCACCUACACACACGCCAGCACUGCUCGCUGUUUGAUGUGUCUCAUAUGCUGCAGACCAAAAUAUGUGGUAGUGACCGGGUGAAGCUGAUGGAGAGUCUAGUGGUUGGAGACAUUGCAGAGCUAAGACCAAACCAGGACAAGGUCAGGGAGCUUCAGAACCAGGGCAGAGAUGUGGGCCUGGAGGUGCUGGAUAAUGCCCUGCUAGCCCUGCAAGGCCCCACUGCAGCCCAGGUGCUACAGGCCGGCGUGGCAGAUGACCUGAGGAAACUGCCUUUCAUGACGAGUGCUGUGAUGGAGGUGUUUGGUGUGUCUGGCUGCCGUGUGACCCGCUGUGGCUACACAGGAGAGGACGGUGUGGAGAUCUCGGUGCCAGCAGCGGGAGCAGUUCACCUGGCAACAGCUCUUCUGGAAAACCCAGAGGUGAAGCUGGCAGGGUUGGCCGCCAGGGAUAGCCUGCGCCUGGAGGCAGGCCUCUGCCUGUAUGGGACUGACAUUGAUGAACACACUACACCUGUGGAGGGCAGCCUCAGUUGGACACUGGGGAAGCGCCGCCGAGCUGCUAUGGAUUUCCCUGGAGCCAAGGUCAUUGUUCCCCAGCUGAAGGGCAAGGUGCAGCGGAGGCGUGUGGGCUUGAUGUGUGAGGGGGCCCCGAUGCGGGCACACAGUCCCAUCCUGAACAUGGAGGGUACCAUGAUUGGUACUGUGACUAGUGGCUGCCCCUCACCCUCUCUGAAGAAGAAUGUAGCUAUGGGUUACGUGCCCUGCGAGUACAGUCGUCCAGGGACAAAGCUGAUGGUAGAGGUGCGGCGAAAGCAGCAGAUGGCUGUGGUCAGCAAGAUGCCCUUUGUGCCCACAAACUACUAUACCCUUAAAUGAGGAUGGCUCAGGGUGGGGCUGUCCCCUCCAGGAAUCUACAAGGGGUUAGUCAAGAAGCUGAGGCAGAACUCACAAGGGUUGGGCAGCUAA